CGCAGUCAGUCUGUCAUCGACAGCUACUGUAGCUAAGCGUAGCACUUCUAUAUGUUUAAAAGCGGUCAAAUCAUGAAGCACUUGCUCACCGAUUUUCACGUUUUCGUGAGUCUUUGGCUCUUGACAGUCGCAGCAAUCAACAGCAGCAAGCCCUCUUCGCCAACGACAAUCCGCGAAAAGGUAACCAUGCCCUGUCCCGCGUUACAAGAAGUGGUUAGGAACGACGGGACAUUUGACAUCGUCUAUUGGUCAGUUUGUACAUCAGAAAGAUGUGACCACAAAGACACUAAAUGGGAUUGGGUUGCUGGUAUGAACAACAAAGGAAUCACACAAGUUGGACCAGAAAGAGUCAACAUCACGACGGAUGGAGCUCUGGAAAUUCACAAAGUAAACCUGAGUGAUACUGGGCAAUACAUGUGUACAGUCAAAACAAUCAACCACUCAUCGCCUGGAAUAUAUCACACAACUCUUAUUGUCAUUGAAGCAGCAGCUAACCAGUGGGACAAGAGAAACCCAAAGCCGGACACAAAGGACUGCGAAAAAGAUUACUCAGACGACAGCAGAAAUCUUAUUUACAUUCUGGUGAUAACGAUCUGUGUAGUAUCUGUACUUCUGGUUAUCGCAGUGGGAUAUAUAGUUUAUAUAAAGCGAAAUGAUCUCCGCUGUUUGAACCAGGGGAGUUCUCCAGCCUGAGAAAGUGUCGCUGGUGCGGAUGUAGUGUAAAAGGAGAGAAAAAGACAAAAAGAAAAACAAGAAAACAAAAAAAAUGAACAAAAAAUAAAAUAAUGUCAAAUACCAAAAAAAAAAAAAAAAAAGAAAAGAUUG